AAGACGUUGGCUACGUACUGUGGAGUGUGGGCAGGAAGAGAGCGCACGGUGGCAACUCAAAGAUCAGACUUUGGGCAAGCUUCAGAAACCGGUGGAGCUCAACAUGUCACAUUUCUAAUGUUGGGUUACGGUCUGAACUGAACCUACUCUCACCCGAACGUGCACGCCUAGUCCUCGAACUUGUCGAUUUGGGACGAAAACUACGACCGGAGGCACAACGGCGUCGCUGCUUGCAGUUUGAAACACAGCAGGGCUGCUUGCAGUUUGAAACACAGCAGGGCUGCUUGCAGUUUGAAACACAGCAGGGCUGCUUGCUGACGGAGAGGAAGAGAGGGGACUUUUUUCAGAACCAUGAGAGAAUACAAAGUAGUGGUUCUCGGAUCUGGCGGGGUUGGCAAAUCCGCAUUGACUGUGCAAUUCGUAACGGGUUCCUUUAUAGAGAAAUAUGAUCCCACUAUAGAGGAUUUCUACCGAAAGGAGAUCGAGGUGGACUCGUCGCCUUCCGUUCUGGAGAUACUGGACACGGCGGGGACCGAGCAGUUUGCCUCCAUGAGAGACCUGUACAUCAAAAACGGGCAGGGCUUCAUCCUAGUCUACAGCUUGGUCAACCAACAAAGCUUCCAAGACAUCAAACCAAUGAGGGAUCAGAUCAUUCGGGUGAAACGGUACGAAAGGGUGCCGAUGAUUCUGGUCGGGAAUAAAGUGGACCUGGAGGGCGAGAGGGAGGUCUCGGCCGGGGAGGGGAAAGCGCUGGCGGAUGAGUGGAAUUGCCCGUUUAUGGAAACUUCAGCCAAAAAUAAAGGCUCGGUGGACGAACUGUUUGCAGAGAUUGUCAGACAGAUGAACUAUUCUUCAGCACCAGGUGUGUUGCAGGUAGUCUGUACUGUUGAAUUGUUCUUCGUGGCUCACCUUGGACUGAGUUAAGGAAUUCCGUGAGGGAGGAGGGUAAAGCAGGGAGGGUGAGGGCCACUCUUCAGGAAUUCCGUUCAGCUGGAGUAUCGUUGCAGCAAACUCAAUGUCAACCAUUGAUGUCAACAGCUCAGCUGAGUUAGCGACCCCUGUCUCAGCUUGCACUCCCAGCUGGAACUUAUCCCCAACGGCAGAGACGUCGAGACUGGGACCUAAAACGCUAUGGAUAUUCCUUUUAUGUAAAGAGGAUAUGACUAGAAAAUAAUAUUUUGUUCAUUGCUGCAUAUUAGGUUUUUUUUUUG